AACACCCCCCACUCCACCUCCCAUCAGCCAAUUAGCUGCCUUUGUCUGAGGGCUGGGGAGCAAAUGUCCGUCCCUGAGCUGAGUGUUUUUGUCCUUACGUCGUUGAUUUUGAAGUCCUAGAUAUUUAUUGCCAACUGAUUUUUGAAUUGUGGUCUUGCUUCUGAAUUACUUCAAAAGUACUGUGAAGUAUUUCGGAUCAUAUCUUUUAAUCGAAAACCCACGACAGCUAAUCACCAUGUCUUCUCAAUUUGAAAAAGGUAAGAGCACUUCUCAUACAGUAUCUUUCCUAAUAAAAAAACAUCUAAUUGACAAAUACCCUACCAGGCCACGAGGUUCCCGUCGCACAUCAAUCUGCGCCAGGAAAACAACAUGAAAUGAAAGGACCCGAUCCUGUAAAUGAUCAAUUGCCCACCGGAGAUGGAGGUUACCAGCCCUACCUCGCAGCCGGCAAACUCAAGGGAAAGAAAGCGUUGAUUACCGGCGGAGAUAGUGGCAUCGGAAGAGCCAUUGCGAUCCUCUACGCCAUGGAAGGAGCGCAUUCCACGAUUGUCUAUCUGGAAGAGGAAGAGAAAGAUGCACAAAAGACGAAGAGUUUGGUGGAAGAGAAAGGAGGGAAGAUCGAGUUGAUCCAGGCGGAUUUGAGAAGUAGUAAGGAAUGUAAGAGAGUUGUUGAGAAAGCGAAGGAGGUUAUGGGGAAGAUUGAUGUUUUGAUCUUGAACCAUGGGUAUCAGAUGAUGAAGGAGGAUAUUUCGGAAUUGAGCGAGUAAGUAUCUUCUUCUUUGGAUUCCAGGCAUGUCAUUCAUGUACUAACCAAUUACCUACCCAGAGAUCAAUGGGUCAACACAUUUAAUACCAACAUCCACCCUUUCUUCUAUCUUUCCAAAUACACCAUUCCUUAUCUCGCACCGGGCUCAUCAAUCAUAACAUGUGCCUCUGUCAACCACUACAUCGGCCGACCAGAUCUCCUAGAUUACACAUCCACCAAAGGUGCAAUCGUAGCCUUCACCCGCGCCCUUUCCAACCAACAAAUCGAAAAGGGGAUUAGAGUAAACGCCGUCUGUCCAGGCCCAAUCUGGACCCCUUUGAUUCCGGCUACUAUGAACGAAAAGGCGCAAAAGGAAUUUACUAGUCCAAUGGGUAGACCGGGACAACCUAGUGAGGUUGCUACUUGCUUUGUGUUUUUGGCUAGUGCGGAUAGUGGGUUUAUGAGUGGACAGAGUUUACAUCCGAAUGGAGGGGUGAUUGUUGGGAGUUAGGAAGAGUGCGGGAAUCGACCGGAAUCUUGGGGCUGUGGAAAAAAGAAAAGCUUGGAGGUGGUUUUGAUACAAGUUAAGAACGAGGAAUGAAAAUUCAACGAUGAAGUAUGACAUGAAUGCUUUCUCGGCACUUGUCCCGCUUAGCCAUGGUGUAACAAUACCCCACCUCCUUGUUCAACGAUUGAUGGUGUAUUAAGCGUCGAGGAACA